AUGGGCUCUAAUAAACCUCGAGGACUUCAGGCAGCUCGCAAGCUGCGCAAUGACCGCCGCGAAAAUCGCUGGGCGGAUAAAGCGUACAAAAAGCGCGCGCUAGGAAACAUCUACAAGACGUCACCAACUGGUGGCUCAUCGCACGCCAAAGGCAUCGUCCUCGAGAAGGUCGGUGUCGAGGCCAAGCAACCCAACUCUGCUAUCCGCAAAUGUGUCCGGGUGCAACUGAUUAAGAACGGAAAGAAGGUGACAGCCUUUGUCCCGGCCAAGGGUGAUAUUCCUGGAGUACGGUUCAAGGUCGUCAAGGUCUCUGGCGUGGGUCUGCUUGCUCUCUGGAAGGAGAAGAAGGAGAAGCCCAGGUCAUAA